GCCAAAAAGGGAAUCGGCGGCGGAACACUUCUCGAUUGCUCGCGAAUUUUAGCUUCCAAACUUAUCUGUGAAUUUCGUUGCAGCUCCAGUGAUGGCCACCAAGACUCACCUGGAAUCUGCACUGCUUUCUUCGUGCCGGGCGUGCCUGCAAAGCACCCCCGCCAACCAGAUGAUCCCGCUGGAUGAGCCGCGGGCCGAGUUCGAAGGAACAGUCGGCGAGUUUCUGGACAGUGUCGCGGAUGCAAUUCCGCCCGAUUUGUUACCGUUCCUACCGACGAGCGUCUGUGCGGGGUGUUACGAGACGCUGGAACAUUUGUUUAAACAACGCCGCAAAAUUGCGUUUGUAAACCAAUUCCUGGUUGGCCUAGUGCAGGGGUUGUUUGGUGAUAGAUCGCACCUCCAGACUCUGAUGGAAACCGAUGGAGAUCGGAUCGAGCAACUCUGUGCGGAGCAUGGCCUAGAGUACGGGCAGGAAAUAUCGGUCGAUGAUCUGCUAGAGGCGUUCUGUCCCAUCACACCGGAUGAACAACAUACCGGGGAAUCAGAGGAUUCAGAAGAACAUGAUUAUUCGGAACGAUCGUUGGUAAUGGAAGAUGAUUCUUCAAAGUUUGAAACACCCGAAGAACAGUUGCAGAUAGAAAUCGUGACCGAUGUCGUCGAAGAGCCCACCAGCGAUUCACCACAGCCUACGGAAAAUGUCUACUACGAAUCGAAUGCUCAGGACGAUGGUAACUGUGAUGAUUUUGAAGCAGAAAUCACAGUUACCAGUUCCGAGGAAAAUGGUGAACACAGCAGAGGAAAGAAAACCCGCCAGGAAGGCACGGCACGCUCAUCCAAACCAUUGCAACGUUACGCGUGCACCAAGUGCUCCUACAAAUGCAGCUACCUGAUGGCCUUCAAAUUACACUGCCAGAAGCACAUCGACAACGAGAAUAAGGGUGGGAAAGGAUUCCAGUGUCCGCAUCCCUAUUGCUUACGGAUUUUUGAUACGCAAGAGCUGCUUGACCAGCACCACGCGUCGGGCGAUCACGAGCGAUAUGUUUGUGAACUAUGUGGGUUGAAGCUGAAGCAUCGCACUACGCUCGAUAUUCAUCUGGAGCGCCACGGUGGGGUGGCCAACUUUCCCUGUUCCUACUGUUCGGCGGCUUUCUAUACGCAAACCGAACGCCAAAGUCACCUCAACUCGGUUCACACGGUCACUGAUCGAGUGAAGUGUGCUACGUGCGGUGACGUGUUUCGCAAUCGAAAGCUAUUGCUGCAGCAUCAAGCCUCGCACGAGUCGGAACGAAAGCACCAAUGUAACCAGUGCGGUGUUAGCUUCAAAUCGCCGCAUUACCUUAGCCGCCACGUUCGAGAGACCCAUGCAGAUUUUCGCUUCACUUGCACCUACUGCGGCACUGCCUAUCGCCGGAAGGACAAACUUCGAAUGCACAUCGAAAAGGCGCAUCUGAUACAAACAUACUUCGUAUGCGACAUUUGUGUACAAUCUUUCGAAACGGAGGAGGAGCUGCAGGAACACCGGGAACACCAUGCCAAUCCACAGCCCUUGGAAUGUGGCGUCUGUUUGAUCGCGUUCCUUUCCCAGCCCACGUAUGAGCAGCACGUUUGCCUAACGUACCUGGACAGUUACGAGUGCUGUGGGCGCGAUUUCCAAAAUCACAAUCUGUACAAUCGCCACAUGAACAUGGUGCAUGGGGUGAAGGUGAAUGCAAGAGUGCGCCCAAAGGCGAAUCUACUGAUCGGUCAGCAGCGUGCCCUUCGCCGUAAGCAAGCGCGAGCUCCCAGAAGCUGCACAAUAUGUGGCAAAGUGAUGAAAACGAUGACCGAGAAAAAGAACCAUGUAUGUUCCAUUGAUGAGGAGAUGUGUGCGGUCCCAGAUGUCAUCCAGCAGGAGACUCAAGAGCAUGAGCAAACAGACGAUCCGUAUGAAGCUGCAAACGAUGGUUAAGUUAAAGUUAAGAUUAGCGCCUAAACGACUGCCACGCCCUGUUUGUGCGCCUGGAGAUGUGGCUGAGAUAUUCCAGAGGAAGUUUUCAGUGGAAUUAUUGCUUUUGAAAUCGAUUAAUCCAAGUCCAAUAAACCUAUCUAGCACGUGUCUAUAAUCUCA